UCUUUUCUUUUCUUUUUUUCCUCCCCCGCUGCGCGGCGGAAGGAAAAGCCGCCGAGCUAGCGCGGCGCCCGCGGACGCCCAACCCCGCCUUGAGCCCUGACCGUUGGCGGCUCGGCAUCCCAAAUCAGACGCCUCCUCGCGCUCGGCAAGCGGAAGCCGAGGCGGAGACGGCGAGCAUGGUGAGGGCGCUCGACAGCUAUUCCUCCGUCAGGGACGUCGCCUACAGCUGUGGAUACUGCGGCUAUACAUUAAACUUGAGCUCCACUGCGCGGAACACAGCAAACAUCGGGUCCAAGUAUGGCAAGCAGAUCAGGAAAGGUGUUGUCUCAUUCUUUGCAAUUGAUGAGAGCCGUUUUACACAAACUGAUGAGUUGAGGUGCAUGCCAUACUUCCAUUCAAGCCGUUCAUGGGGCUUCAUCAGAAACAGGACGCGGUUGCUAUGCCGGAAGUGCAGUGGUCAUAUUGGUAGUGCUUAUGAAGAUGAGGAUUCCACCUCGUGCGAGGGCUCAGACGAUCUGGACAUGAGCUCCAAGGGCAGCAGCACAUCCACUCGAAAGAUAUAUGUUAUCAAGAUCAAUGCACUACAGCCCUCAUCAGACGACGACUCUAGUGCUCUCUUCUCAGCGUGAUGGCAAUCUGAAUUCUGAACUGCAGCCAUGUAUGACUUUUCAAGUCUACUCAACUGCAAACAGAUUAAAUGCCGAACCAAAAAGUGCUCAAUAUUGUCAAGACCUUUUUAUAGAGGAAUUUGCUAUCUUUGUUCUGUUUCAGUCAUCUUCCUGCUCAUACUCUAUUAUAGCUCCUCCAUUUCCCUUCUGCAGCAUAGCAGCAGUGUAAAGUGUACAUCUUGACAGGACUAGUGAAUUUUGGUUGUGUUAAUACUGCUGUAAAAUCAUAGGGAUUUUGUGUCUCUUCUGUAACUUGCCUUGCCUCCAGUAUAUUUUCAAUUUUUUACUAUGUUCUUGAAGUUAUCUGCUGAAUUUUGAGACUUUUUCUA